UUCAUUUUACUAAAUUUGAAGAAUUUGAAAAUUAUGUGAAGUCAAAGACGAAUACUCAAAAGAAAAAUAAUAAAAGUAUGACAAAUUCUAGACAAUUAAAAGUAAACAAUUUAUUCCCAUCUAACAUUGGAGGAUUAAAGCAAACCCAAUACGAAAACAAUUUGGUUAAUUUUAUUGUUAACAAUAUGAAACCCAUAUCCAUAACUGAAAAUAAAGAUUUUCAAAAACUUAUUUUGGAUUUAGAUCCAAAUAUAAAAAUGAUAUCUAGGAGAACAGUUGGUAGACGUAUAAAUGACAACUACAACAAUGUUUUAAAUAGUUUAAAAUUAUUUUUUCAAACACAUUGUGAAGUCCGUGUUUGUACAACUGCUGACAUUUGGUCGACGAAACAUCGCAGUUUUAUAGGCAUUACAGCUCACUGGAUCGAUGACAAAACAUUAGGCCGUCAUAGUUGUGUUCUAGCUUGCCAACGUUUUUUUGGUGCACAUACAUUUGAUAAAAUUGGAGAAAUUAUGGUAGAUAUAUUUAGCAAAUUUAAUUUAAGUAAUGAUAACAUAGUUUCUACAGUAACGGAUAAUGGGUCCAACUUUGUAAAAGCAUUCAAGGAGUUUGGUUGUAAAAUUAAGACAUCAAACAAUGAUUCAGACACAGACUCCGAUGGAGAUAUGGACAAAGACCUUAACGAAGACAAUGAGUUAUCAUUUUUGGUUGUUGAUGAAAAUGAUGAUGGUGACAUCCUACUACCCCAACAUUUACGUUGUGCAUCACAUACACUUAGUCUAUUAGCGACAACAGAUUUCCAGAACAUAUUAAAGAAUUCAAAUGCCAAAAAGUACCAUCAUCCAGCAUUAUCAAAAUGUUCGACCUUAUGGAAUUUGUCACGAAAACCGAAAUCAUCAGAAGUUAUUAGUAAUAUAAUUAAUUGUUCUUUAAUAUAUCCUGUUAUUACAAGAUGGAAUUCAUUAUAUGAUUCCAUAUCACAAUUAAUUAAACAUAAAGCAAAAUUAAACACAUUGACUAGAGAUUUAGGUUUAAAGUAUCAAUUUAACGAAACUGACAUAAGUUAUUUGACUGAAUUUGUUUUAUUAAUGAAACCUAUCGCUUGUGCUCUGGAUCAUCUACAAAGCGAAUCAAAUUUUUACUAUGGCCAUUUAAUUCCUACUUUAUUUUCAUUGAAAAGUCGAUUACUAAUAUUAAAGGAACAACAUUUGCGUUAUACUUUCACUUUUAUCGAUCCAUUAAUAACCUCGCUAGAAAAACGAUUCAAACUAUAUUUUGAUCUCUCCCCUGAAGUUGAUGAAGCUAUAUUGGCAUCUUGUUUUCAUCCUACAUUUAAAUUAAGAUGGAUUCCUGAACACGAUGAAAUUAUGAAAAAUAGAGUUAAAAAUCUUUGUAUCAACAUUGCUGAAAAAUAUAUAGAGAAUUCUUCUCAUACUGAGUUCUCAGUAGAUAAUGUAGACGAUGAAGACUUUUUGAUAUUUUCUUCUCAGGAACAAUGUUUUGAUUCUAGGGCUAAUUUAGAAGUAGUUCAGUUUUUUAAUAAUAAAAAUAAGGCAUUAACAUGUUUAGACAGUUACCCUACUAUAAAAAAAUUAUUCAUCAGAUACAAUACAAGUUUACCAUCAUCAGCUCCAGUUGAAAGAUUAUUUUCAUUUGCUGGAUUUAUUCAUGCUCCAAAUAGAAGUAAUUUAUCGAACACUAAUUUCGAAAAACUUGUGUUUCUUAAAGGAAAUGAUAUUUAUAGGUAAUAUUAUUAAAAUAUAUUGUAAGUUAUAGUGCUAAU